ACAAAAAUAACAUAACAAGAAAGGAAAAGGAAAAUGUGAAACCAAACGCACCCAAUCGGCGACCGUCAUACUGCCAUCGUUCAAUUGAGCAGAAUGCAGAAUAGUGCAUCGAACGCAAAGUGGGAUUCCAUUUGAUAUAAUAAGUAUUGAUUGGUGUACUAAAAAUAGGGCCCAAUGGUUUUUCGUGCCGUUAUACCUUCUCACCGUCAUACCUGCUCCAUAGUUCCGGAUCUGUUCCUAGUUUGUGUAUUUCUAUGUAUGUAUGUUUGUACGUGAGUGUAUUUAUGAAAUGCGCUUCCCGAUUCGUUCGAAUUGCCGUUUAUCCGUUGCGUCACCGUCAAAGCAAUGAUUGUCGAUCAGGAAGAACAGUGUAAUGCAGUGUGUAAAACUUAUAUCAAAACAAAACAAACAAACGUUACAAAGCACCGCUGUGUACCGAUUAAUGAGUCAAAUGGUAUAACAUUUUGGCCGCUAUGGAUCUAACUGACGUUAACAAUGUUAAAUCGUGUAUGAUUAUAUGGGGAAAAAUCAUUUAAUUAAGCUGUGAAAGUCCUUCAUCCAAACCUUAUACAAAUACAUACAAAAGAAGAACAAAAUAUAGACCAAAGAUUGUACUUUACCGAUAAUCUGUCCUGGGUGGCAUUGGCAUCGAAAAGUGGCCCAUACAUUCGUCACAUUUCACCGUGUAGCCGUUUGUUUUCCCGUUCUUUGCUUUCUCUGCACGCGAACGUUCGGGUUGUUAUUCGAUAAGAGCGGUUGCGUUUGGUGCUCGUAACCGGGCUGUAAAUGCAACUGUCGAGGUGUCCCUUGCUGAAAGCCAAACCGAGCCACCAGCCAAGCCAAGCGCCAAUCUCUGGGGAAACAAUUAGCGUUGGAAAUUCGAAGACGCUUCUGUGAGGUUAACCAUCGGAAGCUUAUGGAUAAUUCCAGACGGUGUUGUUUCUAGGGCUUGUUUGUACGUGUGUGUGUGUGUGAGUGCUAAAAAGUGAUCAAUUGUGGUGCGGUGCAAUAGAAAUUUCGUAAUGAUGCGUGGUGUCAGUGUACGAAAAACGGGCGAGCAGAAGCGAAAAUAAAACCACCAUCCUGAUUAGUUGUUUCGUGACCUAGCCAUACUCAGCGGCUUCCGUGACCACAAAACACACAACCAGACGUGGUGGUGCGUGCCACACUUGUAACAACCAUGAAAUGAUUAUAAACUCUACCCAGCGGAGCUCCGGACAACGACCAGAGCAGUGGGGACGCCCGCAACGUCGGCAGCGACGGUGUCGGCCCCGGCGACGACGGAGACGGCGGUGUUUGCGGUGAGGCUCCACCGGCCAGAGGUGCCAACCGGCGGCCCACAGCACAGCGACCAAAAUGGCUGUCGCCGUGUAUCGGAGCACAACCAAAAGCACAAAGAUCACGCUGGCCCUGCUACAGCUGCUGGUGAUGUGCUUGCUGAAGGAGGUGGUGGCAGCCAAAAAUUACACACUCAAACCACGGGUAGUACUGCCGGAAGACUAUGUAAAAGAGGUUCGGCCACCGUCACAAAAGGGCAGCCCGGUUGUGGUAGAGUUCAGUAUAUUCGUGGUAGAUAUAAAUUCCAUAAAUGUCGAGGAUAUGGAUUUUAGAGUAGAUAUGUUCGUGCACCAGAAGUGGGUCGAGUCGCGGCUGGAUCUGCACGACGACAUUUUCGAGGAGGGCGACGAUCACGUGAUACUUCCGCCGGAGUUUUUCGAUAAUCUAUGGCAACCGGAUCCGUACUUUCUCAACUCGAAGAUUUCAGAAAUUGCAACACUUACGCACAAGUUCUCGUCAGUGACGCUGUACAAAAACUCAACGGUACGGUACGCGUGCAUGAUGCACGCCAUCAUCGCCUGCCAGAUGGAAUUCCAGCUCUACCCGAUGGACAUCCAGAUCUGUCCGAUCUACAUCGAGAGCUUCUCGUACCACAACCAAAAGAUACGGCUCAAGUGGGCCGACAACGGUGUAACGAUCAAUCCGGAGCUGAAGCUACUCCAAUACAACCUCGGCCAACCGCUGCAGCUCGAGGAGACGGACGGGUACAUGCCGGAAAAGUAUGGGAACUUUUCACGCCUGGCCGUAUACUUUCGGUUCGAGCGGCAGAUUGGACACCAUCUAAUACAGACGUUUGCACCGUCCUCGCUGGUAGUGAUGCUGUCCUGGUUUAGCUUCUGGCUCGGGCUGGAUGCGAUACCGGGACGGGUCACGCUGCUCGUCACCUGCAUGCUGACGCUCGUGACAAUGUUUACCGGGAUGCGGGCAGACAUACCUCCAGUGGCGUACGUGAAGGCACUGGAUCUGUGGAUGGCUGGCUGCAUGCUGUUCGUGUUCUCCGCGCUCGGUGAGUUCGUCGUAGUUAAGGUGCUGGACGUGCAGUACCAGUAUCAGGUGAACAAGGUGCCGAAAGUGCUGCCGAUGCGUAUCAGCGCAAUGGAGAAGGGCCAGUGCGUGGGUACGGUGGCGAACUGGGAAGGCGGUACGGUGAAUGUGCGCCCCCGCAAACCCACCCAAACGCCGACGACCCCCGGGCAGGUGUCACUGCAAGGGAAUGGGGGGCCACAGCCACCGCUACCGCCGACCAAGCAACCGACCCGCCGGCAAAGUAUCCUAUCCGUCGCUUGGACCGACACCGACACCGGCAUCGAGAAGAUUAUGUGGCGCGAGAUCGACAAGAUGUCGCGCGUCGUCUUUCCCGGUCUGUUUCUCGUCUUCGUCGUGCUUUAUUGGCCGAUCUUGAUUUUUAAGACCUCGUAAUGAGGGGAAUCAAACGCUUUGCCUUACGGGACACACACACACCUCACGCGCGAUGAUGCUGCUUCUUCCUACCGGCAGGCGGUCGCUCAGCGUGCAGAACCACAUGGUACCGUGCCGUACGGGACCGGCUCACCGGGGUGGUUAUGCACCAUGCGGAGCGGAAACAUUCUAAAACCCAUUGCACAAAACAUUAAAAACACCGGUUUCUACCAUCUUACCACACCAAAUGUAGCGUAAAGAUGCAUGUUUAAAAGGAAUAUUGUAAAGUGUAGGGUAGAAAGAUAGGCUACAAAGACAAGGUAAAGCUUUAUUACGUAUAAAGAAGGGGAAACAGUGAGUAAACUGCUGUAAUUUGCUGUACCCGGUAUGGUUUAUUUUAAAAUCUUUCCUUUUCGCAAGCUACAACCCUUUGAGAAGGUUUUAGUACAACAAAUGAGGGGGGGUCAUAAAUAACUACUUUAACUACUAGAAUGUCUGGUGCGCUAUCAAUAGGCUCGCAGGCGUUCACGCAGCAGCUAGCAAGGACAAUAUCGUACGUGCAUUACUGAAGAGCAGAGAAUAAAAUAACACACAUACACUCACAUAAUAUUUCAUACAAGAUACAACAAAAACAACAACAAAAAUAUUGUAAAUUUUAACCGAAACGUUGUUUAAACCCAAAAAAACACAUACACACACUAAAGAUGCACCGCGCGUGGCUAAGCUGCAACACAGUUAGGCAACAGCUCGUUAGUAGUGGUGGUUGUAUAGCGUUCAUAUACAAAGGCAAGUAGUAGGAAUUUAAACAGCAGCUGUGAAAGCAAUAAGUACCUUAUACAUAUUUAAGUACGAGUAAUGUUACCAAAAGGAAAAUGCGAGAAAAUGAUAAUUAAAAGCAAGAAGUAACGAGAAAAAGUAACUUAAUAUAACAACAGAGCAAAGAGCAAAGUAGACACAACACAGAAAAGAGAGAGGAAGAUAAACAAGGAAGAGAAAAAAAGCAAAGCACAACACAACAUAGAAGCAAAAGGGAAGGUUUUACAUUAAAAAAACGAAAAAGAAAACAACCAACUAAGCAUAAAACGCUGUGCCUUUCAUAAAAAGGAAAACUUUAUUCCAUUAUUUUUUGUCCUAGAUGGUAGUGAAUUAAACAAUGGUGCAAGGAAGCAAACGUUACAGAUAAGAGAAAUCAAACGAAAUCAUGCCUUUUCGAGCGGAUUGGCGAGCAUCGGGCCCGUGUCCUAUGUGCUUACACCGACACCUCUACUGCUGCAUGCGCUCCUGCUGCUGCGAUCGCACGCACACUGUACACAAGCACGCACACAAAUACACACACACAUACAUACAUACAUACAUACAAAAUUGAAUCGCAAAUCAUUGUGAUAACUAUUAGCUAGCAAAGAAAUUUGAAACGAAUACAAUAAAAAUAGGCAGACGAGAAGGAAAGGGACUCGACAGCAUCCGCUUGCACUGCAGUAGAAAUGGGAGAUCGAAGUGGAAUAAGCAAGCAGGUGCGAUAUAACACUAAUUGGCGGAUAAAUUAUUUGUUAUCCAAUCAAAACAAAAUAACUAGCAAGAUACCAAUAAACACAGAAGAGAAAAGGAAAAUCAAACCUAAUAAUAUACAUUAUACAACCGCGAACUGCAAGAAAAAGAAAGCGAUAAAUGGCAAUACAGAAACAAUAGCACAGUUAAUGAAACAUAAACACAAUACAAUGAAAAUAGGCAUUAAUGAAGCAACUGCUUGCAAAUGAUGCAAAUAUGAAAAGAAGCAACUUCGGUAAUCGAAAAGAAAUUAACAACCAUAACAAGAUCCCCCUGUAAUGUAAAUAGUAAUGAUCUUUGAUUAACUAUAGGAAACUGAGCUUCAAACAAAUAUGCUUACAGCAACGAACAGAACGGAACAGGAAAACAAAACAAACAAACAAAUACAAAGCGUACUACCAAAAUUAGAAUAAUAAGAGCGUGGGUAACAGAGCAGUGAACGAUGCAAGCGAGUGAUUGUACCGUACACGUUUAUGAUUUCUUUUUGAUUUGUUUUUCUGUUAUUGUUGUUGUGAGCUCAUCACGCCGGUUUUGUUUCAAUAAAAACGCGUUGUGUGAAAACGUGUAGAGGAAACGAGAAGGAACAACGACAGCUACAAUUCAUGGCAUAGUUAAAACUAUGAACACGCUUGAAGGCUUCUGAACGAUUUGAAUGUGAACGAUUGUUGACGAACACACACUUGUUAUGUUUUAUGUUGUGUUUUGUUGUUUCCUUAUUGAGAUUUUUUAAAACGUUCUAAAUAGUGAUCAUUACAUUAUAGUAAAGAAGAGGGGGAUGACGAUUUCGUUGUAUGAGAAAUGAUAAGAAUUAGUUUUAAUAAGCAGUAAGAUUCCAAAACAAAAUAUACUAAUG